UAAUUAUAAUAUGUAAUAAUGUUUACAAUUACAUCAAAGUUAAUGUCCUAAACUUUAUCAAUAAUUAUUAAAAAUCCCCGCGUAUUGCUUACGUAAUGUUGAUAUCGAGUAAUACCAUACAUAACCUCAAAGAACAUUAUGAUACUUACGAACAUCGUUAAACAAGUAGUGCGAAUGAUGUCGACAUUUCGCUUGGCGUUGGUACAACUUCAAGUAAAUGAAGUAAAAAGCAAAAAUGUAGAGCGGGCAGUUUCCUACAUUUCAAGCGCGAAAGAGCAUAAUGCUGAUAUUAUCGCUCUUCCUGAAUGCUUUAAUUCACCAUAUGGAAUACAAUACUUUCCAAAAUACGCCGAGAGUAUUCCUGAUGGUGAAACGAGCGUUGCUUUAUCGAAGGCAGCUAAGGAAAACAGCAUUUAUGUAGUUGGUGGUACGAUACCUGAAAUAGAGGGCGAUAAAUUGUACAAUACCUGUACUAUUUGGGGUCCCGAUGGAACUUUGAUAGCAAAACACCGGAAGGUACAUCUAUUCGACAUCGACAUUCCCAACAAGAUUACUUUCCGAGAGAGUGAUUCACUCAGUCCUGGUAAUUCCCUAACAAUGUUUGAUGUGAAGGGCUGCAAAAUAGGUAUUGGCAUUUGCUAUGAUAUCAGAUUCGAGGAAAUGGCACGCAUUUAUCGGAACAAAGGUUGCCAAAUGCUGAUAUAUCCGGCGGCAUUCAAUAUGACCACUGGACCACUGCACUGGUCAUUACUUCAGCGUUCCAGAGCGAAUGACAAUCAAUUAUACGUCGCCUGUAUAUCACCGGCUCGUGUUCCUUCAGCAAGUUAUGUCGCAUGGGGACAUACACAGUUGACAAAUCCCUGGGGGAAAAUCCUUUAUGAUUUGGAAACUCAGGAAAAUAUGGUGGUCACCGAUAUCGAUUUGAAAGUUGUUGAGGAAGUAAGGGCUCAGAUACCUACAUUUUCUCAAAGACGUACGGAUUUGUACGACACUGUCUAUAAAAAGGAGUAA